AAAGAAGGCUCAAAAACUGAGAUCUAAUAAACUCAAAGUGGGGUUCCGUUUUUCUCAUCCAGUGGUCAGUGUCUGGAACACCUUACCCGAACAAAUAGUAUCAGUCCUAUCGGGAAACACUUUCAAAGAGACCUUCACUAGAAAACAAACUGUUAGGAUUAUUACAAGUCCACUAACAUACUAUCAUUAUUAAUGAGGACUGAAGACUGAUCUCGAACACAUCAGUCAUACUUCGUUGUUUCAACCUUGCGCUGCGUGUAAUUUUCUUCAAGGUUUUUGUAAUCGUCACUUGAAUUCUCUAUAUAUUACAUGCAAAUACGGAAUGAGUGUGGCCAAGAAUUCACUGGAUAACAAGGGAAAUUCCAAUGAUGCUAUCGAUUGGGAUGAUAUGGUUUAUCAUCCAGCAUUCGGAGCAGAUAUUGAUCCCAAAGCAGGCUUACAUCCAGCUACUGAAGCUUUGCAAGCACUGAAAUAUGAAUCAGAAGAUCCAGAUGCUAAUGCUCGUAGUUACAAAGAAGAAGGAAAUUAUUAUUAUAAGGGGAAAGACUUUUCUAAAGCGAUAUUGUCUUAUACAGGUGGCCUACGUGCAAAGUCAUCAGAUCGUAAAUUAAAUGCAAUACUAUAUACCAAUAGAGCAGUAUGCCAUUUCUAUCUAAAGAAUUACCGAUCAUGUAUUCGUGAUUGUAAGUCUGCUGUCAGUUUGUCACCGGAUUAUGUUAAAGCUUAUGUAAAAGGAAUUGAGGCUUGCCUAGCACUUUCAAAAAUUGAUGAAGCUUUAGAAUUGUCAUCAACCGGCUUAAAUAUACUGCCUUCUUCUCCUGAAUUACUUGAAGUACAGUAUAAGGUUCUUAAAAAGCAAAUGGAAUUAGAUAAGGAGGUUGAACAGCGAUCAAAAUUGGAUUGUAGAAAAGAAAAUGAUAUGAAUACUGAAUAUGAGAUUUUAAAGUCACGUGGAAUUGAUGUUAAUCUCAAAUUAAAACCUAUUGAUAUGCCAGAAGUGGGUUGUUCCACAUUUUAUGUGGAUUCAUCGGGUAAAUUUCACUGGCCUAUUCUUUUUAUGUAUCCUGAAUUCGGACAAACUGAUUUCCUCCGUGAUGUAAUUGAAUCAAGCAUGAUCAUUGAUUGUUUAAAGUUAGUUUUUGAUGUGAAUCAGCCUCCUCCACCGUGGGAUCCGAAGCGCCUAUACUCCCUUGAAGAUGAUGCUAUAGAGGUUUAUUUUGAACAUGAUAUAAUGAAAAAGUUUAUUCUUUGUUCACCGCAAUGUACAAUCAAAAAACUAACUAAACAAAAUGGAUUUAGUGUCGGCAGAGAUCUACUCAUUAUUUUACAUGUGAUAUCUAAACGAUCAACACAUUUCUAUAGUAGUUGGAAAGACGAGAAAAUUUAACUUGAUUGACUGUCUAGCUUUACGCGUUAUUUGUAGGAAUUAUCCCUGCUUUUUUAAAUACUGGAUAAAAUAAAACCCCAUUUUAGAAGAAAAA